AUGGGAAACCACAUUGCUUGCUGCGGCAAUGCCCAAAAUGCCGAUGAGCCUACCGACAUGACGACAGCUCCAGUGCCGGAGCAGGGCAACGAGGAAGAGCCCGUCAUCUUCCCCUCAAGCCAGGGCGCCAAGGGUAAGGGUGUCAUCGAGGACGACGGCACUGCCGUUACAUCACCUUCGUCAGCGGUGCACCGAGAAAAGUCGGUGGAAGAGUCGGGGCAGCCCGCGAUGGCUCGUGCAAUCUCCUCCUGCAGUCUCCAUGGGAUUUCGGUGGAGGCGGACGUGAUGCAGGAGGGGCGGCGCAGCAGCAUGACCAUGCAGCAAAUGAGGUCCAGGUCGCACACUGCCCAGUCUGUGGUCAGCACCAAAUCCUUUGUUGAGACAGUUGCAGACUUCUUCCGUGCGCGCCCGGACUUCAACGGCGAAUGGGUUUGCAUUGAGACUUUUGGCUUGGACGACUUCCUGAAGGAGUUGGGCGUUGGGACCUUCAAACGCCUUGCUGCCUCGAAGGCACCCUGGCCUUCGUGGCAUUUCGAGCAGGACGGAGACAAGUUCAAGUUCAGCAAUCACACCAUGAUGGGUGUCCUUGCUGAAGAGUUCGUAGCAGAUGGGUCGACGUAUUCAACGGUUGACGGACACAAGCAAACGCUGAAUUGCUUCGCACUGUGGGAGGGCGACAUCCUCGUCAUCGAGCGCUCCGGACCGCAGGGCCACUUCCGAGAG